GUCGUAGCCUACUCAUUGUUAUGUUUAGGUCUACCAGGGCUUUAAACAGCUCGCCGAUCUGCUGCGGGAUCCACUCCGUGUUUUCCUCAACGCUUUUAACCACCUUAUCCGUAGCACUGUGUGAGUGUUUCUGUGAGGGAAGCCGACUCUUGUUUACAGCAGUGAUUCUACGAGUGGACACCGACAAGCCUACAUAAGGCAAGUCGUUGGAUUUCAGCUUGUACUUUGUGCUAAGGGAGUCUUUUAAGGAAAAAUAACAAUAACCAACUCUGGACGGCUUCUGGGAUAUAGGAAAUCUUCCUCCAGUCUGGCGAACACAUCAUCUGCUGGGAGAUCCAUUCUCUUGCGUGGCACAAUCAUUUUUUUCAGCUGCAAAUUCGGCGGACUGCAUUUACUGCAAGGAUAAGGCCACGGCUCCCCUCCAUGGAUUAGCCCAAAGGUUUUCAUUCAUUUUGUUUUUUUUAUUCCGGACACCACUCUGCGUGUUUCAGCGUGUUUUUCCAUUAAACUAACGUAUUUUCCCCGUAGAGACAUUUGCUCGGAAACAGUGAGCGGCAGUGAGGGAAUAUUCUGGUGUGCUCACAAACAUCGCCCUUUUACCACCAGGGCCGCAUUCUGCUGUGCUUCAAGAGAUGGAGACCGAGGAUGUGGAUUACCAUCUUGGAUCGAGUCAAAUCUGUGGCUUGUGUGCCCCACCGGCAGACGUCGAAUUGUUGUGUGCUGGGCAACAAUAACAAACUGUUUUAGUCGAUUUGUUCUCGUUCAUUUCCACCCAAAGGAAUUGGGUAUAUUGGAUGCUACUUAAGGAUUUCAAGGGCUGUAGUCUCCUACGACCUGUUUGGGCUCGAUCACACGUUGCUCUUAUUUUUAAGGCUAUACACGCCUAUGUACUGAAUGUUUCAACAGACUUCACGUCGUCGUUCGAGUGAUUUAAUUUUCUUUUGGAGCAGUGGCGAUUAAAUGAAAGAACCAGGAAUGAGAUCUCAAAGACGGAGGAGCAGCACGACCUUGUUUUGGGGUCUGAUGCUGUCUGUCUUGACUCUGCUCUGCGUUCGGCCAAGCUGUGGAGAGAUCUGCAGUCCCAGCAUCGACAUUCGUAAUGACAUCAGCGAGCUGAGGCGCCUGGAGAACUGCACCGUGGUGGAGGGCUACCUGCAGAUCCUCCUCAUCUCGGACAAGACCAGCACCCUCAACCAGGAGCUGCUGCGCUCCCUCAGCCUGCCCAAGCUGACCGUCAUCACGGACUACCUGCUUUUGUUCCGCGUGGCCGGCCUGGACAGCCUCAGCACGCUGUUCCCCAACCUCAGCGUCAUCCGGGGACGCAACCUCUUCUACAACUACGCCCUGGUCAUCUUCGAGAUGACCAGCCUGAAGGACAUCGGUCUGUACAACCUGAGGAACGUCACGCGCGGGGCCAUCCGUAUCGAGAAGAACCCUGAGCUGUGCUACCUGGACUCGGUGGACUGGUCCCUGAUCAUGGGCGCGGACGGCAACAACUUCAUCAGUGGGAAUAAGCAAUCCAAGGAGUGCGGCGACGUCUGCCCCGGCAUGAUGGAGGACAAGCCGCUGUGCGUGCGCACCCAGUUGAAGGAGAAGUUUGAUUACCGCUGCUGGACCUCCAACCAGUGUCAGAAAGUUUGCCCGGACACCUGCAAGCAGGCGUGUUCGGACCGGGGCGAGUGCUGCCACAGCCAGUGCCUGGGCAGCUGCUCGGAGCCGCACAGCGACACGGCGUGCUCGGCCUGCCUGCACUACUACCACGAGGGCCGCUGCGUGGCCCAGUGCCCGCCCGGCACCUACAAGUUCGAGGGCUGGCGCUGCAUCACCAUGGACCUGUGCUCCCGCCUGCACCUGCCCCACGACAAUGCCUUCGUCAUCCACGCCGGGGAGUGCAUGACCGACUGUCCCCCCGGGUUUACACGCAACGAGACAAACGGCAUGCUCUGCAGCGCGUGUCAUGGCCUCUGCGACAAGACGUGCUCGUCCACCAUCAUCGACUCUGUGGACGCGGCCCAGGGCCUUCUGGGCUGCACCGUGAUCAAGGGCAACCUGCUGAUCAACAUCCGGCGAGGAAACAACAUAGCGUCUGAGCUGGAGAGCUUCAUGGGGCUGAUCCAGACGGUGACGGGCUACGUGAGGAUCCGCUACUCCCACACUCUGAGCUCGCUCUCCUUCCUCAAGAGCCUGCGCUACAUCAACGGGGAGGAGCUCAUGGACCAGAUGUAUUCCUUCUCGGCCAUCAACAACCAGAACCUGCAGUUCCUGUGGGACUGGUCCACGCACAACCUGACGGUGCGCGCCGGGCGGCUCUUCUUCCAGCUCAACCCCAAGCUCUGCAUGUCGGAGAUCCACAAGAUGUGGGAGAAGACCGGGGUGCCCGAGAAGCGCAAGGAUGGGGACGUCCGGAACAACGGCGACCGGGCCAGCUGUGAGAGUGAUACCUUGACGUUCAAGUCCAACACCACAACCAGCAACAGCAUCAAGCUGACCUGGGAGCGCUACCGACCUCUGGACUACACAGACCUCAUCAGCUUCAUCGUGUACUGCAAGGAGUCACCCCACCAGAACAUCACCGAGUUCGACGGUCAGGACGGCUGCGGCUCCAACAGCUGGAACAUGGUGGACGUGGAACUCCCCCCGGAUAAGGCAGCGGACCCCCAGGUCCAGCUGAAACUACUGAAGCCCUGGACCCAGUACGCCGUGUUCGUCAGAGCCAUCACCCUGCAGAGGGACGACAAGCACAUCAAGGGCGCCCAGAGCGACGUGGUCUACAUCCGCACCAGGCCGUCGCAGCCGUCGAUGCCCAAGGACCCGCGCGCCUUCGCCAACUCCUCCACCAAGCUGGUGGUGCGCUGGGCUCCGCCGGUGUCCCCCAACGGCAACCUGACCUUCUACCUGGUGCGCUGGCAGCAGCAGCAGGAGGACCGCGAGCUCUACCUGCACAACUACUGCUCCAAAGAACUCAAGCUCCCCAUCCGCCUCUCGGCCACGGGCCUCACGGACCUGGACGAGAACUCCAAGCCCACCAAGUCGGACCUGUCCGGGGCGGAGAAGGGCCAGUGCUGCAUGUGUCCCAAGACGCCCGAGGAGAAGGGCCGGGAGCAGGACGACCGCGUCUUCCUCAAACACUUUGAGAACUUCCUCCACAACUCCAUCUUUCUGCCCAGACCCCCCGAUCGGAGGCGGCGAGAAGUCUUCGGCGCGGCCAACGGCACGCUGUCGUGGGGCAACGCCUCCGCCUCCCCCGCGCCGGGCUCCGAGGGCGGCAACGGCACGGCGGGCCCCCCGCCGCCCCAGGACUUCCCCUUCUUCAACGCCCGCACCACGGUGGAGCACAUGGACGUCCAGGACCUGAGGCCCUUCACCGUCUACCGCAUGGACAUCCACGCCUGCAGCCAGGAGGUCCGCAGCUGCAGUGCCGCCGCCUUCGUCUACUCCAGGACCAAGCCCGCAGACAAAGCCGACGACAUCCCAGGACCGGUGGUCUACGAGCUGGACGAGAAGACGGAGGGCUGCGUGAUCCUCCACUGGCCCGAGCCCAGCAAACCCAACGGCCUCAUCCUCAUGUACGGGAUCAAGUUCCGCCUCGGGGCGGAGCCCGAGAAACACGAGUGCGUGUCGCGCCAGCAGUUCCACGAGCACCGGGGCGGCCGCCUCAGCAACCUGGGCCCGGGGAACUACUCUGCCCGUGUGCGCGCCAUCUCUCUGGCGGGCAACGGCUCCUGGACCGAGACGGUCUACUUCUAUGUGGCCCCGCCCAAACGUGAGUACGAGGUGACCCUCUACCUGGCCGUCAUCGUCCCCCUCAUCGUGAUCAUCAUGAUCAUCAGCCUCCUUACCGCCCUCUUCUUCAUCAACAAGAAGAGAAACAGUGACCGGCUGGGAAACGGAGUCCUCUACGCCUCCGUCAACCCAGAGUACUUCAGCGCAGCUGAAAUGUACGUGCCAGACGAGUGGGAGGUGGCCCGGGAGAAGAUCACCAUGAACAAGGAGCUGGGCCAGGGCUCGUUCGGCAUGGUGUACGAGGGCAUGGCCAAAGGCGUGGUGAAGGACGACCCCGAGACCCGCGUGGCCAUCAAGACGGUGAACGAGACGGCCAGCAUGCGGGAGCGCAUCGAGUUCCUGAACGAGGCCUCGGUGAUGAAGGAGUUCAACUGUCACCACGUGGUGCGGCUGCUGGGCGUGGUCUCGCAGGGACAGCCAACGCUAGUUAUCAUGGAGCUGAUGACCCGCGGGGACCUGAAGAGCCACCUGCGCUCACUGAGGAAGGAGAACUCCACCACCCAGGUGCUGCCCCCGCUGAAGAAGAUGAUCCAGAUGGCCGGGGAGAUUGCUGACGGCAUGGCGUACCUCAACGCCAACAAGUUUGUCCACCGGGAUCUGGCUGCUAGGAACUGCAUGGUGACGGAGGACUACACGGUGAAGAUCGGAGAUUUCGGCAUGACGCGGGACAUCUACGAGACGGACUACUACCGGAAAGGGGGCAAGGGGCUGCUUCCGGUCCGCUGGAUGUCUCCCGAGUCCCUCAAAGACGGCGUGUUCACCACCAUGUCCGACGUCUGGUCGUUUGGCGUGGUGUUGUGGGAGAUCGCCACCCUGGCGGAGCAGCCCUACCAGGGCCUGUCCAACGAACAAGUGCUGCGCUUCGUCAUGGACGGCAGCCUGCUGGAGAAACCCGACAACUGCCCCGACAUGCUGUUUGAGCUGAUGCGGAUGUGCUGGCAGUACAACCCCAAGAUGCGACCGGCCUUCCUGGAGAUCAUCAGCAGCAUCACGGCGGACCUGGAGGGGCCCUUCAGGGAGAUGAGCUUCUUCUUCAGCGACGAGAACAAGCCCCCCGACACGGAGGAGCUGGACAUGGAGGUGGAGAACAUGGAGAACAUUCCCCUGGACCCCGUGUCCAGCCAGCGGCCCACGGCCGUCCCCACGCCCUCCGCCGCGUCGGCGGGGGCCACGGCGACCCCGCCGGCCGCGACCGCCUCCUCGGCCACCUCCCAGCUGCUGGCGCCGCUGCAGGGGCCCGGCACGCCGCUGCUGGGGGGCCCCGCGUCCCCGGCCACCUCGGCCUCGUCCUCCUCCGCGGCGGGGACGGGCGCGGGCGGGUCGUCGGCCUCGGCGUCCCCGGGGCCCCCCGCCGACAAGCACUCGGGACAGGCGGCGCCGGCGGCCAACGGGCCGGCGGCGCGGCUGCGGCCCGCCUUCGACGAGCUGCAGCCGUAUGCGCACAUGAACGGCGGCCGCAAGAACGAGCGGACGCUACCGCUGCCCCAGUCCUCGGCCUGCUGAUACCCCACGCCGGAGACCCCGCCUCCAGGCUCCGCCUCUUAAACAGGGUUAAUGACACGCCUCCUCCCCCUCCUCCUCCUCCUCCCCAGCCUCUCUGGAAGGAUUGGGGGAGGGGGGGGAGAGAUGGGAGCAGAGCGUUCUUUCCCUUCUUCUGGGUCUUCCUCUCCUUGGACGUUCCCGUCCCCCCGCUGGAUGCGAGCAGAGCGACGUGUACCCCUGGAGACUGGAGCGCAGCAUGGGGGUCCGCAGCAGGGGGCGCUGUGGGAGGGCUGGGGUCUGUACCUGCUCAGCCUGCACUGUGCAGCGUUUGUUACAUAAGUCUUUAAACGAAAAAAUGGAUAAAUUAAAAAAAAAACUACCGGAAAUAACGCAGGCAUUUCACCUGGCUUACAGAUAUUGUAAGACACGAACACGAGAGAAUGAUUACAUAGCAUAUCUGCCAGCAAAUCCAACAGAAGAGCACUUUUUUCUGAUGAUUUUUAGAAAGGAUGUUGUGGAUAUUUCAGUGUGUAUUUAUACGAACACGUGACUCUCUCUACGGUAUAUAUCUCAAACUUUUUUUAAGUGACUUUCCAUUGAUAUAACAUUCAGUUAUUUUAUGAGCAUCUAAGGACUGCAGCUCGAACCAUUUGAGGAUGCCACAGAUCUAAACCCUGGACUAGGAUCCUGGGUUCUGUUUCCAGUCUAUAUUUCUAUGUGUGUGGAUCCUUUAGCAGCCGGUCCUAUUGGAUGGAGAGACGGCUGUCAUGUGUAUGCCAAACUUUUGCCAAAUCAACCUUUUUAUUUGUUUUUAUAUUUCAUUUAUUUGUUUUAAACAAGAUAAAUAUCUCCCAACACAAACACAAGGCUGCGGAUUAGAGAUGACCCAAGUUCAAUGGGAAUGGCAUUUGACGUUUGUUUGUUUGUUCAUAUCCUAUGAAUAUGAAUUCAUAUCCUGUCUUUGUACUGAAUACUCCCUGAGCAUCGAGGUAUUGGGCUUAUCUGGGGCUUUGUUUGAUAGGAUGGAUGCAAAAAUGAUUCCCAGUAUAUGUUCUGGGUCUGAAAUUAGUUAGCAAGCGUAUUUAUACUGGCAAUUUAGUUGUUAAUAGUUUGGUUAAUUAUUUCUAUAAUUAUUAAGUCACCAGUUGCCAAGUAAUGCAAAAUUAAGUAUUUGUUAAAAUAUACACUAAAAGGCAAAUAUUGUACAAAUGUAUGCAAUUUAUGAAUAGGACUACAAUUAGUCUGCAGUUGUUUAAUUUGCUGCUUGGUACAAUUUUAAUUAAUUUGGGCAUUCUGGUCGAGUUAUUUUGAGGAUCUCCGUUGCAUUUGGCACUGGUGUAUUACUUGUUUUAGAGAUAUGACACAAUGCAAAUCCAGUUAGUUAGAAUCAUUUACAGUAAACAGCAAGUUCUCACAGUUCACAGAAUCAAAGGCUGUCUUCUGCUCUUGAAUGGAUGAGUAAUGGAGUUUUUCUAGUUUUCCACAAAUACUUAGAGCUCAGUUCACCCAUCAAAGGGUGAAAAGGAAUGUAUCUGUUUUAUUGACACACUCAUCACCUGAGUCCAUGUAGUCUGUCAACCAUCAUUCUCACACUUAUGUUUUAAUGUAACAAGAAUAUGAUAUA